AUGAUAGAGCGCCGCAGUGUCCGCCGACAGAGCUCACUCGCAGCGGCAAAGAGGAUACUCGCCCAAGUCGAUGAUGAGCCAGACGAUGAGCCGGUGAGGUCAAUUUCAAAAAGGCGCAAAGUCGCCGCCAAACCUCGGGAAGAAGACGCGUUUGAAGCCGACUUUGCACCUCGUGCAGACGACGAUGAUGACGACAACGACGACGAGGAUGGGGCCAAGGAAACCAAGCAAAAAGAGGAACCCGAGGAGAUCGAGGGAAUCGAGGAAGCACUAGAACCGCAGCCCAAGCGGCGCAAGGUGGAAAAGACGCGAAAGGCAGACACCGCAAAGCUUCAUGCAAGACUCUUCGGCCCAUCCGCACAGGCGACGGCGACGACGAAGACGACGACGACCCGCCCAGCAGAAGCCUGCUCACCUCGGUCGAGAAACCACGCCGUCACGUAUCACAGUCCUCUGUUGCUCGACGGCCAGCCGGGACGCCAUGGACGUGACGCCCUCCUCGCCUGGUUCGACGCCGUCAGCACCACGCGCGGCAUGCCGUGGCGCAAGCCCUGGAUCGACCCGCGAGAACCCCGCGACGACCUCCGUGCUGCCCUCGAGAGGCGCGCCUACGAGGUCUGGAUCAGCGAGAUCAUGCUGCAGCAGACCCGCGUCGCCGUCGUCAUCGACUACUGGAACCGCUGGAUGGCGCGGUGGCCCACCAUCCAGGACCUCGCCGCCGCGCCGCCCGAGGACGUCGUGAGCGCCUGGCGCGGCCUGGGGUACUACAGCCGCGCGACGCGCAUCCACGAGGCCGCGAAGCUGGUCGUCGGUGACCCGGGCUGGAACGGCCUGAUGCCCGCCGACACGGCCGAGCUCGAGGCCAAGGUCCCCGGCGUGGGACGGUACACGGCCGGCGCCAUUUCGGCCAUCGUCUUCGGCCGGGCGGCGCCCAUGGUCGACGGUAACGUGCUCCGCGUGCUGAGCCGGCAGCUGGGCGUGUUUGGCAACGCCAAGUCGGACAAGACCGUCAUCGACCUGCUCUGGGCCGCGGCGGAUGCGCUCGUGAAAGCCGUCGCGAAGGAUGGCAAGGACGACGACGACGACGACGACGACGAUGCCGAAGAGAAGGAGCCGCCGACGAGCGAUCGGCCCGGGCGAUGGGGACAGGCCCUGAUGGAGCUCGGCAGCACCGUCUGCACGCCCAAGCCGAACUGCGGCGAGUGUCCCGUCACGUCGACGUGUCGCGCCUACGCCGAGGGCCUGCUGUUGGCGGCCGCGAAGCCAAGAAAGGGGGCCGGGGUGGUGGAGGACAUUGAGGACUUGUGCUCGAUUUGCGAGCCCUUUGAGGAGGCGGCGGCGGCGGAGGAUGAAGCAGCAGCGUCCGGGGGCGACUCAGACACGGAUGCGCCCAAGACGGCCAGGGGAGCCAAAAAGGGGGCAAUAAAGUCUCGGCCGGCGGCGAAGCAAGCCACCCUGUCCGCUUUCUUCUCUUCCAAGACGACAAAAGAUGCAGAGCCAUCCGCGCCGAAGCAGCCGGCGGUGAACGCCAAAACGCUCGAGGUGGUCGCCAACCACGCCAAGAGGUUCCCGCUCAAGGUGGUCAAGAAGGCCGUCCGAUCGGAGGAGGCCCUCGUCUGCGCCGUCCGCCGCCGCGACGGACGUUUCCUGGUGCACCGGCGACCCGACAAGGGCCUCCUCGCCGGGCUGUGGGAGCUGCCGAGCCACACGCUGCCGGCGGCGACAACGACGACGAAGAAGGGCGGAAGCACGGCGCCGUCAAGGAGGAGGGACGCGCAGGGGUACGUGGCUGGUCUGCUUGAUGGCAACGGGGGGAAGCCCGAGGUGCGGCAUGUCGUGGAUCUCGGCAGCGUGCCAUGGCUGUUUUCGCAUCUCAAGCUGACGAUGCACGUGCACUUGUUCGAGGUUGAUGGGGACGAGGAUCUCGGGUCGUCGCAUGUGAGGCACCGGUGGGCGACGGCGGAGGAGGUGGACGAGGAGUCGAUGGGGACGGGGAUGCGCAAGUGCUGGGCGCUAGUGAGGGAGAGGAUGGAGGAGUAA